AUGAUUGAUGAAAGAAAAAGGAUUGGAUCCGUCGUCAUGGCAUUUCUGAAAGAAUACGAUGUUGCGCGCAGAUACAGUGGCAGAGCAGAGCUGUCUGCGGAGGAAAUCAGGGAAGGUUACAGGCGAGUAAGGAAGGUUUUACUGAGUGCUGAGGAUAUACAGGGGAGGGAUGAAAAUCGAAUUUAA